AAAUGUAUCUAUCUGUCAGAGUGCUGAAAGAGGAGCAAUGGAGAAAGCUGUGGUAUUAAUGGCUGUGGCUCUCGCUGUCUGUGUAGACUGCACCCCGAUGGAGUUCUUUCAAACUGGGCUCUUACUGAACUGGACAGAGUCAGUAGAGGCAUGCAGACAGAACUUCAAUGAACUGGUCACCAUGCAAAGUGAAGUAGAAUACCAGCGGUUUUGGUCUUACAUCAAAUAUUAUAAAGGAUUGUACUGGAUUGGUCUCCAAUACAACAGUAGCAAUAUAAAUAAUGCCCUGAAAUGGGUUAGUGGAAACCCCACUACGUACAGCCACUGGGCUGAACCUCCUACUGGUGUUGGAUGUGGAGCAUUUAACUUUUCAAAUGAUGGUUGGGUUAUACUUAAUUGCUCAUACAGAUUGAUGAGUGUUUGUCAAGGUAUUGUCACAGUAGGUGGUAGUGAUCCUGGGAAAAAAUGUGUCUUCCCCUUUUACUAUAACGGACAUCAGUACUUCAGAUGCACAACCGAGAAUAACAACAAUGUGCCUUGGUGUGCAACAACCACAUAUUUUUCCAUAGACAGAAAGUGGGGCAACUGCCAUUUUACUGAACCAUCCCAACCUGGAGAGAUCAGGGUAGACUCUGUGGGAAACGACUCUGUUUCUCUGAGCUGGGGCAGUCCUGUCGGUAUGGACGGGCUCCAGUACAGCUUCAGCAUCACCUACUCCAGCUCCUUCUGGGGUCACAGUGGCUCCACCAACGCACCCUCCAACUCCACUGUCAUCUCUAACCUGAGACCUGGAAGUGAGUAUGUCUUCAAUAUCACUACUGUACAGGCCAAUGGGGGCUGGAGCAAACCGGCUUCAAUAUCUCUCUACACCAGUUUCCCUGACACAUAA